GUACCGUCACCAAGCUUUGGUACGGAAUGACUGUAUGUAUGUCUUUGGGGGCUCGGGCACGGCGCGUUAUGGUGAUGUAUUCGAGUUCGAUCUAUGCACCAACACCUGGAAACGUCUGGUCUGCUCAGGGGUGGGCCACUUCCAACAGGGCAGGUCG